GUUGUGCUCAGUGAGCUGCCCAUCUGGAGCAGAUGAUGCGUCUUACUUAGAAAUUCAUAUGGAAGUUCUAAAAUGGGAUAGGAUUGAAGUCAGUCCGACAUCCAAUCAGGAAUCGCCUGUUUCGAAGGCGAUCCACUUGGUUUCAUUGAUGCGACUUUUCCAUUCUUCUCUCUGUACGGGAUCAGCUGACCUGCCAUGUGUUGAAUUUGACUACCUACUGGUGCUAGAAUCCAUUCGUUGGAGAAACGAGCAAAAUAGAAAGUUUGCCCGGGGAAUCGCGUUAUUGAAUAGCGUGUGUCAUGACACUAAAAAGUUUUCAUCGCUAUUAUUCGACGACGCUUUCUCGACUGUUGUUUUGUCGUUCUGGAAAAAUGUUGAUUUCGAUCCCCAGCUAAGCUCACUUUCCGUUUCGGAUUUGGUGCACUGUGAGCUGAAAAAGUUUGUAAAUCAGCUUUGGAGACUUGCUGCCAACUCUACGCUCUUGUCGCGGCUGAUCACUAAGGUGUUGAAAUCUGCAAAUAGUUGGUUGGAAGAUUUGGUGAAUGGAGCAAAUCACCCGGUCGAUGAUUGGAGGAUACGUCUCGAUGUUGGAGUCGGAAUCAUGCAAAAAGCCUUGCCUCCUCGGAAUACACUUGACCCUGUCAUCUUUGAAGAGCAACGAGAAGCAUACCAAUUGAGCGUCUUUCACGUAGUUGAUCAGCCACUGAGUGUGCUCGCUAAAUGGAGGAAUUCUGUAUCAAAACAGCCGCCAGAGUGCGAUUCACGUUCCCCACAUCCGGUCAUCGCCUCCCUUUGGAAGAUUCGGUUAGAGUUAAGCAAACUACUUGAGGGAUCGCAGGAGAGACCCAGAGUUUUCCGUCAGAAAGCUAGCCUGGUACUUAUUCGUUAG